AAAUCCCUUCGUUCUGCGUCAGUCCUAUGCUCCCAGUGUUCCCCAUCAGUACCCAGAAAAACUCUUUCCGUACCUCUUCCUGACCACGGUGACAAUCGAGACGACAAGAUGCGCUUUGCAGCGUUUGCGUGCUUGAUCCUUGGCCUGGCGCUCACCCUGGACGUUGUGGAGUGCGGACAAAAGGGACGUAAGAAGUUCGUGUUUCGGCGAUGUCUCACAGCCUUCGGAUGUUUCCCCAAUCAGUGCUGCGUAAGGAAAAUAGAAACAUCUGAAGACUCGACCAGUGUAACGUUUGAUAGGCGAGGAAUAUGCAGAAGGGCCUCUGUGUUCCUCAACGAGGAUAAGUUUGCUCUAAACCGGAUCGGAGCUGACUUGGAAGCAUCUGCUGAUCGCGUUGACACAUUGGCAACCGAAUCCAUUGGUGAAGACUUUCUGCUUAUCUGUCGCCUUGACACAUUAGGACCGGAUCCAGAAGAUGGUGACAGUGUCGGGAUGGCCAAACGUAUGGCUGGCAGAGUGCAGGUUGGAGCGGAUGUAAUUCUCCCGCACGCUUCACGACCCGAAGUUGCCACAGCGCGUGAUAUAGAGGAUGAGACCGGUGAUGAGGAUGAAAAUCCGGACGAUGAGACUGGCAAUGACAUGGAUGAUGAAACAGGUGACAAUGGCGACGGAACGGGCAAUGACGGUGACGGAACGGGAGAUAAUGGUGAUGGUACGGGUGACAAUGGCGACGGAACGGGUGAUAAUGGUGAUGGAACGGGUAAUAAUGGUGAUGGAACGGGUGAUAAUGGUGAUGGAACGGGUGAUAAUGGUGAUGGAACGGGUGGUAAUGGUGAUGGAACGGGCGCUAAUGGUGAUGGAACGGGUGAUAAUGGUGAUGGAACAGGUGAUAACGGCGAUGGAACGGGUGGCGACGUACGGCCUUUCCGCGAACCAGAGCCGCUUGCGAACAACUUGAAUCAGCUCAAAGAAAAGGCUGUGGAGGCUGAAGGAAUCCUUCAAUCAAUGCUGGAUGAAAUGGGUUCCUAACCACUAGUACUGUUGCUGCAUUGACCACAUACAUGUACAUGUAGUUCAGUAGCAACUGAAUAACUCAUUUUAGCUGCUCACCUGUUCUGCUUUCGGAAAUGCCUGCAAAAUUGUGCCCUUUUGUUCCGAUUACAACCUUCCCUGCUACCUGAGAAAUGUAGUAUCUUCGUAUUCCACUUCUAGUCAUAACCCUGGCCCAUUGCCCAUUGUAGAGAAACAGGGUGAUCAUUUAUGACUUUCCUAUUCCUCUUUCCUAUUUGGCCUUGUGUUGUGAGAAGAGCACAGCGAGCAUGCUUAAAUCCUGAUGCACACUAAGUCUUUCUACAACUGUGCACACUCGCAAGCUGAAUAUUGUCAUGCACGAAAUGUCUCCAUAGAAAGCACUAGUAGCUACUCCGCGCAUGAAUUGUACAUGACGAUUGUAACGUUGCAUGUACAUGUA